GUUCGCUCAAACAUCGAGAUGUCCCUGAACCUCUCCAGAGCAGGUGUAUAAAAGAAAUCACACAAACCAAAGCCACAUCACAGAAAAGCUCAAAGAUCGGACAAGACAAGGCGAGAUGGGCAGUGGUCAGAUGAAAACCCGACUGGUCCUGGUCACUCUGAUGCUGCUGGUCUUCACUGAGAUGAGCCAGUGCCUCACAAUGUCCAAGGUUGAGAAUGGGCAAGAUUCCCUGACAACUGAGAAUACCCAAGCCUCUCAGGGUGAGGCUUCCAUUUUGCUGCGACAGGAACGAAUGAGUCAAGACAGGAGAUGCAGAUUUUGCUGUAGUUGCUGUGAUUUUCAGGGAUGUGGGAUAUGUUGCCGAUUUUAAACCCUGGCUCCUCAGUAACAGAACAUUAUCUUGCCAAAGGUCUCACUGUCCUUAUCUAUUGUUUAGGAUCCAUUUAAUGCCACUGCUUCUCACCAAUUCCCACUAAAGUUCGACAUUUUAUGCUGCAGAGAAAUGCUAUUCAGCCGCUCUGCUCUGUACCUGCUCCACACUGGCAUCCUCCUCCGAUCGUCUCUCCGUCUCCACCAGCUUCUCCUUCUCUCCCUCGCGUAUUUAUCAAGUUUCCCUGUCCCCAAAAUAUCAACUCAAUUCACCUCGCCCUCUCCCUGUGCGACUUGGUCCCACAUUUCUCCCCACCACUUUCCAGGGAGUGAGUCUCACAUUGUUACUUCCCCCCUCAACCACCACCAACUCCACAUGGGAGCCAGUCUCACAUUCCCUCCCCACUCCCCGUGGGAGUGAGCCCCAUAUCCUCUGCCCCACGCCAACUCCCUGUGGGAUUGUGUCCCAUUUCCACCUCCCCCUCAACUCCCUGUGAGAACAACUUCCACUUUCCCACCCCUGACAGGAGUGAGUCCCACAUUCCCAGCCCUGUGUAUCCCACCUUCUCCUUCCCUCCCUCCCCUCUGUGAGAGCGAGUCUCACAUUGCCUUGAGACAUUUAAUUGCCUAAUACUGAUGUUGAUGACAAGCAGGUCCCUGCUCUAUGCUCUUGGUUACAAACUCAGCCUCCAAAGUGUUCAUCUUGGCAGGACUAUGGUUGCAAAUAUUGUGCUUUGUAAAGCAAUGAAUAAACCACUAUUAUCUUCAGAAAA